AUGGCACGAGCUACUACAGUCGUCAAAUCACACCCAGCACCGGCUACUGAUGCGAUAUCCUUUCCCGUGUUAACCUAUACCGAUGCAUUGCCCCGAGAUGACCUUCAUGACCUUCCCGGUGCCAGUCCUCGACCAGUCCCCGAACAAACAAGUGCCACAAGAUUCAAUUUUCCCCGGCCCCAAAUCGCAAACAAGCAUGCAGAAGUAAAACAGCCACCGGCAAUGACUGCUACGUUUGACUUUCGCUUGACCGCGCCGCCAGAUGAGGUUGUUCCAACCAGUGCCAAUGCUAAACGCAGCCCAGGAGGAAUACCCAGGGUGGGGAUCGCUCUAGGUAGUCCUAGUAUGCUAGAUUCGCGUGACGAUCUCCCACCUCCGAGGUUCAAUCAGGAGAUUUUUGCGCCACAACAGACCGAGCAACCGCCACAGACCCGCAAGCCGAGCAAGUGGAAGAAAAUCGGGGGCCUUUUCAGGGCGAAGAAUGCACUUACUUCACCGACGGAGCAACUCAAAGAAGGACAAGCGAAAGGGUUACCUGCAAAGUCCAAACAAGCCGAGGGCACGAAGCGGCAAGCCGAACGCAGGGAGUCCACGGAGGAGUGGCCUAAAAUCGAAGUCGAUUCCACGGCUUCCACGACCACCAAAUCUAGUCCGCAAAGGAGCCGCAAGUUCUCACUUUCGGGGAAAAAGGCCGCUCCAAAGGAAAAGCCCAACGAUAAAGGUCCUCGGCUGGACGUCAAUAUCCCCAAUAUCCAGAUGGAGCGUUAUAGUGUGAUGUUCGGCAAUGUGAUGAACAAGAACCAGAGACCCUCACUGCUGGCCAGGAGGGCCAAGACUCUAGACAACCUGCGUGUGCCGGAUAACCAGGACUUUCUCGCUGCAAAGCUCCCACCUGUUCCACAACGACGAGCCACUUCACCCGCACGAUCUAGUUUCACUCUUUUCCCAACCUCCCAACCGUCCAAGGCCGCACUGGUUCUCGGAACCCAAAAUUUCUCAAGGGGUCCUAGUCCAUCUCGCGGUCCAGCGCCUUUGACAAGGUCGAAUACGCUGCCCGUAGAGAGCCCUUCUAAGGUGUCAGCGGAGACGCCGCCUCUCUAUCAUAAUAAUAGCAGCGUUUCCUCGUUUGGAUCUCCUGGAAUUUCCAAUCUCUUCAAUGAUCGUUCGAGUACUCCACGAUCAUCCCUCGAUAAGCCACUUCCGGCCAUCAAAUCCGAUGUCCAACAAGUUGCUCAACCUCGCCCAUCCAAACUGGCAUUAACACAGACAGUCACAGCGUCCGCAGAAUCUCAAUCAGCGAAACUAACGAAACGACUGGCGACGCCUCCUGAAACCCAGCAAAUACAGCCAUCCGCACCAUCUCCACAUCAAACACAGAAGAGCAUACAGAGCUCUUCGCAACAGACAAAAUCCCCUCAACAGGUUACCAAGACACCACCACGAGUCUCCAAGUUGCCGGUUGCGCAGGCGCCAAAGCCAAUUUUCCAGGAACGGAAGUCCUCACUGCAAGCUCCCAAAUUGCAGACCCGGUCAUCCAAACAGCAGCUUUCACAAAAAUCGAAGCCUUCUACGAAAGAGAGAAGUCCCGUGCAAAAAGCUCAUAUGCAACCCCCUGCAACACUUCAAUCAAGCCCAGAGGCCAGCCGUCCAGUCCGCCCUAACUUGAAAAUUCAAACCCAAGCCCCAGCGCCGCCCCGACCGCCGAUGAAAGAGAAGUCUUCAUCUGGAUCGUCACCAUCUACCAUCCCGUCAGGAUUUAACCCCACCAAAAAUGCCGUUGACCGAAUUAUGUCCCCUGGAGGAUUCACAGCUAGCCCAAUAUCGGGAAUAUCUCCAGCAGAAUCUCCUCGCAUGCCGCUGGUCGACACAGUUGGAGAAGCUGGCACUGAACCCCAUGACUCGGGCAUUCAAAUACCCACCAUCGAGGUGUCUACCGCACGAUCCAUAUCCGUCUCGCGCGGCAAGCGCCAAAUACUGGUACCCAUUGGAUCCCGUGUUGAUCAAUUCGACUCUAAUGAACGAUAUGUGGAGCGCAGAGCGUUGACCCCCCAAAUCACAGGGGUGCAGAGCCGGCAUAAACAUGCUGUUUCGCAGGAGCUGCAGAUUGAGUCUGUUUAA